AUGAGCAGAAAGCUCUUGGUUGUUCAUUACUGCUAUCUUUCUGGCCCAAUUGAGAACCUGAUAUUCCUCUUCACAUAUUGUGUCGUCCAUUUAGAUGUUUCGCUUUACGCAAACGAACAGACACAAAAUGAAAUUGAAUUCUCUUCAUCAUCACCCACUCCUACUAGUAGAGUGGUAUUAAAGGCCAUUACAUCAAAGUUUUGUGAUUUACCAGUUGAACGAUCUACCAAUGGCGUUGUGUUGGGCAAAAUGGAUGGUUGGAUUGAAUCCCACGAGCAAGAAGUCGAUCAUUGGGAUGGGCUAGAAAUAUCAUUUUCUAAAAUACUUGAAUUCACAAGAUAUGAAAGCAGCAUGGAUUAUAACUUUGUAGGCAAGAAUUGUAAACAUUUUUGCUACGAUUUUCGCCGAAAUGUGCUUGGGAAAGUUGAAGACUUUGGAACUUACUGCCAGUUUAUCGAAAGUAAAAUGAAUUCAUAA